CGGUUCUGAAGUCCUCCAUUGCGAUGUCUGACACGCGACAUCGUCAAACUUUUCAGCCAUUAUAUCCUGCCAUUCGAACAGAACCUGUGGAAGGUUGUUAUUCGACUGCUUUCGAUUCGUCACUCGGAUCUUCUUUCGGCGGCUCGGAUGUAUGCGAUCCUGGGUUACCUCUGGACAUUCUGAAUGAUCCGGACCCAUGGAAAACCAUCGGGAAGAUCCUAAACCUUGAGUCUGUAGAGGAGCACAACAAUGAUGAUGUCUAUUUCACUCGCGCUCGGGAGGGUGUCGGCUGUGCCAUCAGGCCUCGUUUGGACGGAACGGCACAGAUAUGGAAUCCACAGAGUUCGACGAGAAGUCCACGGUCGGUCAAGUUGAACGGCGAAGAUAAACACAGGCCAACGAUGAACGACGAGGUGGAAGAGCACUCGAUGGGGGAAACUGAUCAUUGCCGCCACCAACCACAGCAUUUUGAAGAUUCACAGUUGGAAGGAAGUCCCGAUGGUUACACAAAUUCCGGCUCCGUCAAAGACACCGACUUCGCCGAAGAGAACAAGCCACUUUGUACAUCGACGGAGGCAGAGUCCGAGAUGCAGAUACCACCUUGCAUCCCUGCCACACUCGCGUAUCGAGUCUCACCCCAGGUUGUACGAUGUGGACUGAAUGAUGAGGAGAUGUAUGGGGGGCCCUGUUUGUUUGGGGACUCGGAUGAAGAAGAAGAAUAAGUAGAAGUCUCAACGGAACAUUUGCACGCAUACUAUCAUUCCCUGCAAUAUGCAAACGGUUCCUGAUAUGC